AUGAAUAAAAAUACGGAGUUAGACCCAAGGAGCAUGACCUCAGAACCAGCCUCUCCAAUGAAGAGUGCAGAGGAGGAAAAGGUGGAGGUUGCCUCUGAACUGAGCAGCCCAACUUUGCAUAGCAGGGACAGUGGGUUCUUUGAAAGAGGUAUUAAAACAAUGUUAAGCAUCCGGAAAUCAAAACGAAGUCUGAACAAAGAGAAAGGAAAGGAAGGUACUGGCACUUGGAAAGGAAAAUCACUUUCUUUUCGAUUCUCCAAGAGCUAUGAGGAGAACAAAACCACGAUCUGUAAUGGUACAGAGGAGAUUGGUGAGAAGAUAGAAGCAGAGCCCAUUCAAGGAAAACCUCUCUCAGUAAUGGAAAUCAACGAACUUAUUCAGAAAAAGCAACUUUUGGAAGCUUUUGCAAGCAUUAAGUACUUGGAAGAUGAGGCUAUCGCUGAACGGGAUGCUGAGAAAUACAAAGAUAACCCCCAGGAGUUUGUACGGAAGUCCAAGGAUGUGGAUUUGCUUUAUAACUCCAUCACGAACACCAUCCAGUCCAUCGUGGUGGCAACACUGGAGCAUCCCACUGUAGAGGACACCAUGCUGACCUCCCUGGUGACUUUAAUUGCCCGUGAAGAAGCAGCUCAUCCUAACACAGACAAUGGUGCUGGUCCUGGGUCAGACUUACUUGGCACACCCAGAAAGUGGAGGGAGGAGUGGAGGGAGGCUAUCAAUGAGAGUGCUAGAAAAAGAAUCCUGAGGGUACCCAUGGCAUCAAAGGAAGAAGAGAGUUCUUGGCUUGAUCUCCACUUGGGUUUCCUCCAGAAACACCUGAGUGAAGACUUACUGAAAAUCAAGUUAUCAGUAAAAAAGUGCUAUCCAGAGGAAUAUCGGGUGUGUGACAUAUAUGUAGAGGCUUUUCACAAGGCCAUUGCCUCACACUUGCAAGAGCUCUCCCAGAGACCACUGGAAUUCAACGAGCUCUACACCUUGCUUGACUGGGUGGCCAACAUCUACCAAAGUGAACUCUUUCUGGGUCACCCUGAUCUCAAACCAGAAGUUAAGACAGAAAACCUGUCCCUGCUGUUAGCACCAGCUGAUUGGGAGAAACUGAAAAAUGACUACAUCACUUCUGCAAAGGGGAAAAUCAAAAGCUAUUUUGGAAACAUCCUGAGACUGGAGGUCAUGGAGAAGUGGGAGAAGGAAGUUCAUCCAGAAGUGAAGGAAAACCUCUACCACUCCUCGCUCUCCUUUGAUAUUCAAACGAUCAUCGGGGAGCACAUGAAGAUAUCUGGAGAGAUCAGCAGAAGCCUGGAAAUGAAAACACUUGAGCUGUGCCUGGCAGAGCUGCAUGAAUUCAUACCAAGGUUCGGGGAGGAGUUUGUGGCAUGGAGCGCUGCCCAGGACAGCCCCAUCUUUGCACCCUAUUUCGCUGCCUACAUCAACAGCUUCCAUGACCUGAUGUCAGGGUUAGAAACAGUGUUUAAAGUCAACACUGAGGAACUGCAGAAGAUUUUGGCAGCUCUGACAAGGAACUUCACGAAUAUUUUUUUAAAUAAAUUAAGAACAAAAGCACAGCCACUCCUUAAGAUGAUCCUGACCAAGGACUGGAUCUUGGCGACGGAAAGGCCAGACUCGCUGGCGUUGGCAGUCUCGCAGUUCUCCAAGCACCUGAAGCACCUGAGGGAGCCCAUGGGUCAGGAGCUUCUACGCGAUGUUCAUAAGUAUGUGGUGAAGAAAUACAUCAUGCAGGUCAUCAAACCCAGACGGAAAAUGAACAGGGAUACACGGCAGCAAGUGAGCGAAAAGAUGAACCAGGAAGCCAGAAUCCUUAAUAACAUGCUCAUUGAUCAGGGCUCCGACUCUGACUGGCUCCUUCCCGCCAUACACCACAUUGCCAAUAUCAUUGGGGAGAAGAAAAAAGACAAGAUCAAGGAGUACAUCAAGGAGCUGUGUCAGGAUUACCCAGACAUCAGGAAGGAGCACAUCCUGGCCGUGCUGGCGCUCCGGGGGCUGGGGCGCACCAGGAGACAGGCGAUUUUUCGGCAAGGCUACCGUGCUCUGGAGAGCCCCGACGGUAGGGAGGGCAGAACACUCUUUGCUGAAAUUGAUGCCCCGGCGAUCAUCAGCUGCUUCUAGAACAGAACCAAAACAGCAGCCAGCAGCCUCCCUCCUCCUAUGCUGCCUCUAUGGUGUGAUCCAAAAUCUGCUACCCCACCUCGCUCCUCUGCAAACGCAGCUUUUUGACUGUUGUGGGAAAAGGAGUAGUUUUCUGAACUUGCCAGCCCAAGUUCAGAAACGGAAGGCAACAGACGAGCCAAGACACUAAUCUCCUGCAAGAGCUCCCGGGCAGCAAUUCCAGGCACUGCGUCCACCCUGUGUUCAAUACAGAUUUCAUUGCUAGGAGGCUACUCUGGUAUUUUGUCCAAGACUGAGCCUCUUUUCAGAGAACAGGAGAAAACUCAAAGGAGUUCACUCAGAGCUAUAUUAAGGCUUGGACUGUGCACUGCAUAAUUAUACAGCAGCAGAGCAAGAGCCUCCUUCAUAAUUAGUGCCCCUGAGUAAUCAAGGGGCAGAGCUUGGGCAGGGAUGUGGUAGCGCCCAAGUCUUAUUUCCUCCCCCCGUGAACCAGCUGGCCAGUCUGUCAUGAUACAAGUUUGGUGACGUGGUGACCUGGUGCCACAAACCACUACCUGCCUGAGGAGGAAAACCCUGGAGGGUAACCAAACCCCACAGUUGGGACACGUAGCACAUGGACCGCUCUGCACUCCAGGAUGGACCCUGUGGCCCUUCUAGUGUUUCAGAAGAUUUUCCUCACUCGGGGGCUGCCUUAAAAACUCCUGUUGGACCACAGACCUGUUCAUGCCAUCACAGCCACUCAGUGUGGGCAGACGUUUCUGGAUUGGACAUGCCAUGUGGAAGGAGGCUCCAAGUCCUCCUUCCCCUGGAGAAAAGGGUCACCAUGCCCCUAGUCCAUUUUCUUGUAUGUUCAAAUGUAUUUUAACAAAUCUGGUACAAUCUGACUGUAGUAUGAAGCCUAAUGUGAGGUGGGCAGGCAUAGUGCUACAGAUCAGAUCCUCAUCUGGUGUAAACCAGCAUCACACCAUUGAUGAGCAUGGAACACCACUGAUCUAACUCCAUGAAGGAUCCAAACCAUCACAUCCAGCAUC